AUGUAUCUGGGUAGAAGUACGUCGAGAAACCCGCAGUUUGUGCCGAGCAGGCCCUCGCCGUUACUGUCGACAAAUGACACUGACUUCAAUAAGGAAUCUCGCCGAACAUCAGUAUCCCUGUUGGUAUCUGCCGCAUCGGAUGAUACAACCCUUUCAGAAGCUCACCUGCCCCCAAAUUUAAACACAUACUCUGGUUUAGAACUUCAGUCGGAUUCUAAGACUGUGAUAGAUUCAAAUGAUGAUAAAUAUGUAGAUCUUACCCCUUCAUCAUUAGAAGCAUCUCCUUCAUUGACCGGUCUCUCAUCAACCUCAAGAUCUCCAUCUCCAACCAACAUACUGUCAUCAUCUAUAUCACCUGCGUCUGCAGUUACCCAGAGAUCCCCUUCUCCUCGACUACAACUGAUUUCAAACUCCACAAGAAAAUCGAUGAUACCACCAUCUCAAAACUAUACAAAGUCUGUUCCACCAGAGUUUUUCAAUAAACUUCGAUCAUUCCCACUUUUUAAACAUGCUCCAAAAUCUUUCCAUACCCGGAUUGUAUCUAAAUUAAAACUCAUCCAACAUCAUGCACAAGAAUAUAUUAUCAAAAAGGGUGAUGAACUGAAAUCCAUGUAUUGGAUCCUUAAAGGCAGUGUAGCAGUUACCUCCACUGAUGGAGAAUCUAUAUAUGCUGAACUUAUCCCGGGGUGUUUCUUUGGAGAAAUUGGGAUCUUGUUCAAUCGACCUAGAACUGCAACGGUAGUAGCUCGUACGAAAGUUCUUUUAGGAGUAUUGACAUCUGAAUCAUUAAACUUGGUAUUACCUGAAUAUCCAGCUAUUGAACGAAGAAUUAGAGAUGAGGCACAAGAACGGUUGGCCAUCUUGGAUAAGAAAAGCAAAGCUUCAUUACCGCACAUGACUUUUGCACCAACUAUAGAUAGUGCAGGUAUAAGCUAUGAUCUGGGUAUAAAUGGUCCAUCAAGAAGAGGAUCAGUGAAUGGUGCUGUUGGCAGUACUAUAGUCAAUAAUACAAUUCACGGUCAUGGUCCAUCAAACUAUCUCCCUAUUGCAUCGCUCAUGUCUCCUUCAAUUCCAUCACCUUGCAUCCCCCCCAUAAAUAUAGACAGAUCAAGGUCCCCUAAAAAUAUGGAUGAGCCACUUACUACAGAUACGGUAGAUUUUACUAUUUCCAUUCAAGAAUUUAUUAAAAGUUUACCAAUUUUCGAAAAUCUUCCAUCAGAGAUUAUUCAUCAACUUGCAUUGGGAGUUGAACCCGUCCGAUACCAACCAUUUGAAUACAUUUUCCGAAAAGGAGAUCGUGGUUCAGAUAUUUAUUUUGUUAUUAUGGGAGAAGUUGAAGUGAUUGAUCAUUUAAACUCUAAUCUAAACUACGAAAAACUGCUUGCUCGGUUAGGAUAUGGUAGUUAUUUUGGAGAAAUGUCAUUUCUUAUGCUUCUUAAUAAUAAGCUGGAUUCUGGAUCUAGAAGUGCCAAUGUUCGUACAGUUUCUAAUUGUGAACUUAUCGUUGUAAGACGAGAUAAAUUGGAAGAAUUAUGUAAAACUUAUCCAUUCAUUAUUGAAGAUAUGAGGAAAACUGCACAAGAAAGAACUGCUUCAAACUCAAGUAAUUAUGGAAUGGAUAGACAUUCUAUUGAUUAUUUAAUGAAUGAUAUCGAUAUCCCCAAUUCUCGAAUUUCUUCAUUGGAUCUGAGUCUGGCACCACUGGCCAUCAAAGAUCGAAGAAGAAAAGCGGAAUUAAUAGAAGAUGCUUCUUCUUCUUCUUCUACUACUACAUCUGAAUUGAAGAAUGAGAAUAAAAAUCUCCAUAUCAGUUUACCACCUUUGAAUCCAGUGGUACCUGCAAUUAACCGAUUUAGACCACAUCAUAGUACACAUGCUCAUCAUCAUCAUCAUGGUGAAUUUCAAUAUUUACCACAUACGAAGAGACUUAGAUUGGCUUCCAUUGGUGGAUCACAAAAGCCAUCCAAAUUAAGAAGUAGUAUACUUCCAGAUUCUUUACUUCUUCGGGUAUUUGAAUAUUUCAAAUUACCAGACUUAAUGAAAUUAAGACCAAUUUGUAAGAAAUGGAGACAAUUACUUUAUUUUGCACCAAAUUUGUUCUAUACUCUUGAUUUGACCCCUUGGAACACUACUAUUGAUGACAAGGCAUUGAUUGCCAUCACCAACUUUGUAGGUUCAAGGCCUAGAGUCAUAGAUAUUUCAAAUUGUUUUCAUGUUACUGAUGAAGGGUUUUCAUAUAUGAUUAAUGAAAUUGGAAUCUCCGGUCAGAUUCGAAUUUUAAGAAUGAGAUCCAUUUGGGAAGUUAGUGCAAUGGCAAUUAUGGAUUUAUCAGUUCCAAGUGUUGGAAAGCAUUUAGUUGAAAUUGACUUGUCAAAUUGUCGGAAAGUUAGGGAUAAUGUCUUGGAAAGAUUAUUUGGAUGGAAUGAUAUCGUAAUUCAACAAACACAAACCAAUUCACAUGGAUAUGAUGUUGCAUAUGAUAAAUCCGUUGGUAUUGGAUGUAAAAUGUUGAAGAAGAUAAAUGUUGGAUAUUGUAAACAUCUAACUGAUAAUAUCAUGUAUCAUAUUUCAGUUCAUGUUAAUGAAACUUUGGAAAUUCUUAACUUGACUAGAUGUACCACCAUUACAGAUAAAGGGUUUCAAUAUUGGGCAAAUCAAAGUUUCCCAAAUUUACGUGAUCUUUCACUUAAAGAUUGUACAUUUUUAACCGAUUCAUCAAUUUCUGCUAUUGCAGAUUCGGCCAAGAAUUUGGAACAUUUAAACUUAAAUUUUUGUUGUGCAUUAUCAGACACUGCUAUAGACCUUUUAUGUAUGGGUUGUCCAUACUUGAAGACUCUUGAUUUAUCAUUCUGUGGGAGUGCAGUUAGUGACUCUUCCUUAGUGAAGAUAUCACUUCAUUUAAAAAAUCUUGAAAAAUUAACUAUUAAAGGUUGUGUUAGAGUAACACGAGCUGGAAUUGAUUCGAUUUUGUCAGGUUGUUCAAACUUGUAUUUCCUUGAUGUGAGUCAAUGCAAGAAUGCACACAUCUACCCCGGAAGAAUUCCUGCGCCAAAGCUCCAUGUGAAUGCACACACAAAAUCAGCGUUUGUAACGGCAGGUCCAUAUCAGAAUAUUAUUGAGAUAGUUGUAUAG